UGCUGCGGGUAUUUUACGAACAUUUGUGGCACGUAAUUCCACGCGUGUGCUGGAGACAGUGUGUAUUACCAGAAGUAAAGCCAAUAAGAAAAUAUUUGGUUAGUUAAAAGUUAUAUUUAAUAAAUAAAAAAAAAAACGAGCAAAUAGUAAAAAUGCACAAAAGUCAGCCUACGAAUUUGACAGAGCUAACAAAAGCCGAAAUUGCUGUUUGGCUCAACAGCUUCGAUACGGUGCUCACGGAUUGCGAUGGUGUGCUGUGGCAUGAGGGCGUCGCCAUAGACGGUGUACCCGAAGCUAUUGCAUUACUCAAAUCGCUCGGCAAAGAAGUGUAUUUUGCCACCAACAAUGGCAUCAAAACCAGUCGUGAAAUCUGGCAGACAGCCACCACGAUCGGCUACGAUAUAGACGAAUCCCACAUUUUGGCGCCUAUAAAGGCUAUUGCUGAGUACCUGCAGGCGCGUAAUUUUCGCAAGAAAGUCUAUGUAGUAGGCUCGGAAGCCAUAAGUAACGGUUUAGCUGCAGUGGGUAUUGAAAGUUUCGGACCCGGUCCCGAAGUACUACAGGGUAAACUAAAUGACUAUCUGGCACAGCAAGUGGCCACACAAGGCGCUGAUGAUGUGGGUGCUGUUGUUGUGGGCUUCGAUGAACAUUUCACAUUCGCAAAAAUGUUGAAAGCUUCCAAUUAUAUUUGCUCGAAUUCGGAAUGCCUCUUCAUGACCACCAAUCUCGAUACGGUACAUCGUUAUCCCGCAUUUCGUAUACCUGGUACUGGUGCGCUUUUGGCCGGCUUGGAGACAUGUGUGGAACGUAAAGCUUUGCAGUUUGGCAAACCGAAUCCGGAGAUUUGUCAGCAACUGAUCAAGUCGGGGAAAGUGGUGCCGGCGCGUACGCUCAUGAUCGGCGAUGUUUGCAAGGUCGAUGUCUUAUUUGGUCACAAUUGCGGUUUCCAGACUCUGCUUGUGGGCACAGGCUAUAAUAGUGUGUAUGAAUUGAACGAGGUGCUGCAGCAGCCCAUCGAAAAUCCAGGUUUUAUACCCGACUACUUCGUGCCUUCACUGGCUGAUAUAAAGAAGCUUAUCUAGGAAUAUCGGAGAAAAUAUACAUAUAUAUUUAAAACGGAGUUGUUUGUUUUGAUCAGAGCGUGUGUGAGAAAGUAGUCUCGGAACAUUGCAGCGUCUGCUGAGAAGCGUUUGCUAUUAGUGUUUAUAUUUCUCCUACAUUUAAAUGGUUUGACUUUCGCUGAAAUUAUCCAGGUUAUGAAAGAAAUAAUAAAGACUUUAUUAUGGAAGUGAAA